CGCACACUCAGAGGCAGGCAGCUUGCUGGAAGGCUGCCGCGUUUGCCUAUGAAAAUUACUUCCCAUAUGGAUGGCAUCCUCAAGUGCUGUCCCCGAAAGUCCGAGUCCCUCUGGGACUCGGCGUAGGAGACAGUGCUCAGUGGCUCAGAAUGAGCACGACCACCGAAAGGAGCCAAGAAUCGGAAUACGUCGUUCCCAGUGCUAACUCGCAAGAAGUGCAGCCAUCCCCAUUGGCCCUGCUAGCCGCCACGUGUAGCAAGAUCGGCUCCCCGACGGAUUCCCCAGCAGAUGACAGUGGUGGCGGCGAUGGCGCCAACGGAGACGCCUCGCCCGCCAAGACCAACAGUGCCACCGUGCUCUCAGCAGGAACAAAUGAGCUGGUGGCACAGUACGUACAGGCACCCACUAUGGGUGUGCUCAACCCAGACGGCACUGUCACACCUAUGCCUUCCCCCACAGUCAAGGCACAGCCCCAGGCACAGUCUGCAGUUUUCUCUCCUGGCACGCAACUUGUGGCACAGGUGACACCUAGCGGCCAGAUAACUUACAACGCCAUCCCACAGAUUCAGAACAUCCAGAUUGAUGGACAGGAGGCCAUUUUCAUCCCAGCAUCCUUCACUGGCGGCCAGCAGGCCAUCCAACUAGCUGGUGGAGGACACGCACUGCUUACUAACCAGGGAUUCCUGCGCCCGCAAGGGUUCACACAGAAUGUGGCCAUCCGUCAGGGAAACAUGGUCCAGACACUGCAGCUCCCAUUGGCAACUGCGGCAGCUCCCAUGCAGCAAACUAUACCAGUGCAAGUGCCCAUUUCAACGGGCAACGGCCAGACUAUGUUCCAAACCAUCCAUGUGCCCAUACAAACACUGCAGGCCGUUGCAACCCCGCAGGGAAACAUGCUGGCCUCAGGGCAGCAGCUUGCCACUGCACAAGUUGUCCAGCAGCUCGCACAGAUGCAACCGCAGAUGGCCCAGCUGACCGCCCAGGGCCAACUGCAGCAGAUCCAAGUCACAGCCACGCCCACGGUGGCAGCAAACCACCAGCAGGCAGCCCGUCCCCAGCAGCCACAGCCAACAGCAGCGACCCCGACGUCCUGGUCAGGGGCCACCCAGGUGGUGAUGACCUCGACGGGUGAAACAGCAACCAUCACCACAGGGGGACAACAGCAGGCCACCGUCCAAAGUGCCUCCAGCGCUCAGGCGCAGCAGCAACAAGCCCAGCAGAAUGCAGCCAUGGCUGCACAGGUGCAGGCGCAGGCACUGGCUGUGCAGCUUCCCUCAGGCCAAGUGGUCCAGGGCCAGAUGGGGCAGCUGCUGGCAGCAGGGGGCGCAGCCUGGUGGCCUAUGGGGGCCACUGCCAUCAAUGUCUCGGGCCUGGCUGGUCUUAGGUCACCCAACAUAAUUCAGGUGCAGAGCCUCCCUGGCAUCCAAAUGCAGGGGGCAGCAGGCGGGGGCGCAGGGCAGCAUCACCUUCUAGGGGGUGGGACCCUCCAAGCGCUGGGAAUCACACCACAGGGCAAUGUCAUCGCUUCCCCUAUGCAGAGUGCUGCACCUCUCAGCCCCCUGCAAACAGUGCAGGCUGCUCUGGCCAAUGGGCAGCUCUUAGCCCAGCAAUUCCAACAAGAUCCCAAUGACCCUACCAAGUGGCAAGUAGUUACUGCGCAACCCGUGGCAGCUCCCGCGGCCAGCAAUACCCAAACCCACCUUCAGGCUGGACAGCAGGUUCAUCUGGUGCAGGCACAAGCCCAAACACUGACUUCAGCCGCAGGAGGUGCAUCAACUCCUGUGACGGAUGGCAGCGGUGGCCUGGAAUCCCCCGACCUGACGGACGGGGGUGCCUCCCAGGGGGCUGCUGAUGGGGCGAGCACCCCGACAGGUGCUGGCAGUAGUGGUGGCAAUGCUGGCCUCAGGAGACUGCGCCGGGUGGCGUGCACUUGCCCGAACUGCCGUGAGGGUGAAGGCAGGAGCAGCGAGAACAAGCGACGGCAGCAUGUGUGCCACAUAGCGGGCUGCCAUAAAGUCUAUGGGAAAACGUCUCACCUGCGGGCCCACCUGCGCUGGCACACCGGCGAGCGGCCCUUCGUUUGCGAGUGGCUCUUUUGUGGCAAGCGCUUCACGCGCUCUGAUGAACUGCAGCGACACAAGCGCACCCACACAGGGGAAAAGCGCUUCCAGUGUGCUGAGUGCCUGAAGCGCUUUAUGCGCAGCGACCACCUGUCCAAGCACCUAAAGACCCACCUUAGCAAAAAGGGCUCGAUCUCCGGCGUGAGUGCAGCGGCCAACGCCUCACAUGACGACUUUGCCCCUGACUCCUGUGACCUGGAGAUGUCUGUUGACGUCUCGGACCACGACCUUUCGAUAAACGAGUCGGCUCUUGCCGAAAACAAUGGCACCACACAUGUCCUCUCCACUUGAGACUGCACAUCUUGCCAGCCCUAUGCAUCUCAUCACAUGUCUGACUUCUGUUUGCUGUGUUUCCCACAACACCUGUCGUGGUUUUAGAUGCGUGCAUUUGAAUGUCCAGCAGUUUUUGAAUCAUUUGUGCAACAAGGACAUGUCGGUCUGGGGCUUGAGAACAGCACUGCAUCUGUCUCCUGCUUCGAGCUAGCACAGCAGACCGUACAAGAGAUUUUGUUGCAUCUGUACGUUAAAACCUCGUUACAAUGAAAAUAACUAGAUGAAACUGGCUAUUUCUAACAAAUUUGUGUAAGGAACCUUUUACAGUGUAGACUGCUUAUAACGUAAGUCGCCGGAGUCUCGAAUAUCCGCACUAUAACCAAAAGAACAAUUUUAUUGCGAUAGCAAUUAUAUGGAUACUCGAGGCGCAUUUCUGCCGUCGCUGUCGGCGUGAGGUUUGGUAGAAAGUACAAGGAAAGUACAAGGGCGAUAAUAUCGUCGCCGCGCGGCGCCGUAUGCUGUAGGUGCGAGUGAAAGCGUGUGUGAGUGAGCUGGUGAUCAUGGCUAAAUCUCGGGCACACAAGGGAGGAAGGUAGGGAUGGGGGUAGCGCGUUCCACUCUGUGCGGCUGUGCACGCCUGUCGGCACCGCUGUAUCUUGAAAGCCUUCUGCGACAGGGGCACGGUCCGCUGUGCGCUAUCUUUUUGCAGCUUAGUUAGCGUUGAUAGCAGCUUAGAAGGUCAAUUCGCUUGCUGCUGCUGCUGCGCUUCCUCAAUGUAGCGUUUUGUCAUCGAGUGAGAUGUGUUCAUGUUUGCUUGUGCGCGUGACACUAUGCUUGUUAAUGCGCAGAGAGGCGCGGCGGCAGACAUGCUUUCUAGCACUCCCGCCAUUGCGUCAUUCUGCCCGCUUCGUGCGAGGAAUGCUGGGAUGCGUGGCUGGUGCGGCGGACGUAAAAUAGGAAUGGAGCUAUUCAUGCGCCAGCAACGUUUGAACGUGCCCAACGGGCCCAGACAUGCCGGUUCUGCUCCGCUGUGUCGUUUGAGUAUAGACACCAGUUGUUAGCCACCGUGACGUUGCGGAGCUCAAUGCUCCCACUUUACAUUGGAGUAUAUCUGCGGCUUGAGGAGAGUGUUUGCGGUCAUGAUUGACUGCCGAACUUCCAGGCAGCCACACUGUAACCGGUAUUUUGUCUCCCGCAAUUGCACUAUAAGCAGUAUGCGUAUACAUAGUGCUAUGGGAAAAUUAACAGGAGUCUGAAAAGACCGUAUUAUAUCCGGUCCUGCACUAUAAGCGGUUACGUUAUAAGUGGUCUAUACUGUAUUUUACUUUUUCGUGGAAGAUUUACUGCUCAUGUCAAGCCACUUAGGCCAAAAUUUUAUGGCAUGCAAUUUUUCAAUAACUUGCCUGUUGCAGUAGUUAAAAACUUGCUACAACUGUCUGUCACCUGGCAACACACCAAACUGCAGACUUGGAGGCCGCUCUACUUUCACACUCUGCAAGCACAUUCUGCCGCCACCAUUACAGGCUCCCAUACGCUGUGCCCAUUACACACUGUCACUUGGUUUUGUGGACUAUCAUGCCGAGCGUGGAAUAAAACCCAAGCAGGGCCAAGUGCGUGACUUGAAGCACAUGUUGCGCCGUCUGACUGCAGCUGUCAUGAACUGCUGCAUAUGUGCAGUUAAGUCAGUGGGCUUGCAACUUCACAUUGGAGCUUGCCUCUUAUCAGCAUUUUGUGAGGCACUGCAAGCCUCUGAAUUCAUACAGUGCUCAUUGCUGGAUGAGGUAGCUUAAUAAAAUAGCUUUUUUUGUUCAUGUUUAAAGGUAUCUGCUCGUAUCCAGUAACAAGCAUUGUACGAAAUCGAAGACUUGAAGUGCUCUGCCAGCGGACUCGCAAAAUGGAACUAAGCCAAGCAAUCACCAACAACAUUAGAGCAGGAUGUGAAGCCCUUUGAUAUGACUGAGCAUGUAGAGCAGUUCAUUGGGACACCACAUACUGCAAUCUGCAAGAACAAAUUGAAAUUGUCUGUGCGAAAAAAUUUUCACCUGUGCAUUCUUUCCCUUUUUGUGUUCCUUUGGUGAUGCACAGUAGGAUAUGUUGCAUCAAUAACUGUCCCUCCUGUGGGCAACAUUGGCUGUGCGGGCAGACAAUGGUUAAUAUAAAGUAAUGAUCAUAAUGAACUUAUUUAGGCUCCCUCUUUAAACAUCAUUGUAGCGAGGUUUUACUAUAGUUACAUAAAAAUAGACACACUCACAGUAAUAGUGGACUCUUAUGGUGCCACAAGAGAGACAGGUUGGUGUGAAGCUCAACCUGCCCUAGCAGGCUGAGAAAAAGCUAUAGGUGUGAGGAAGUAGAGAAGCGAGUAAUUAGUCAACAAGCUUCUCAAGUACAGGAGUGUGCACUACAGGUCUGGUUGCAUUCAAAGUGAGUAGGAGGCCUGGCAACCAUAACAGGUGCGAAAAGUACAACAGUAGCUGUGCCACUUUAACAAGAUCUGUGGUGAGCGAAUCAAUGAUGUGCACAGGACAAGCUGCUGUGUGCGACUGUUGGUCAUAAAAGUACAUUUAAAUGUGGGAAAUACAGCAAAAAACUACAGCAGGGACACUGAAUGGAGCACUCUUAAUUUCAAUAUUGGCGUGUGAAUGCAGGCAAAGAGAGGUGCAAGUUGGAGAUCUCGCUUUUCUUUAUAAUGUUUAUUAAUUACUGCUUGCUAUUAUUCUUUUCACUGCAUGCUUAGAAGAAGUAUUCAAGCUAUUAGACUGGGAAAGUUUAGGAGUGAGGAUCAACGGCGAAUAUUUCGGCAACCUUCGGUUUGCAGAUGACAUUGUCCUAUUCAGCAACAAUGGGGUACAACAAAUGAUUCAAGACUUUGACCGAGAAAGUGUAACAGUGGGUUGAAGAUUAAUAUGCAGAAGACGGAUAAUGUUCAAUAGCCUGGCAAGGGAACAAGAAUUCAUAAUCGCCAGUCAGCCUCUAGAGUCUGUAAAGCAGUAUGUUUAUCUAGGUCAGUUACUCACAAGGGACCUUGACCUUGAGAAGGAAAAUUUUGGAUUGCACUCUUGAGUGAUUACUCAAGUUUAUACUUCCUAAUUUGUGUUCUGUUUGUUCGCACUAUUACAGGAGUAUUAUGGCAGACAAUGGGAAAAUAAGGGGCAGGUUGGGCGGCAAAGGUGCUAGCAGACUCGCCAGUGCUCUCUUCAGUGACUCUAGCUGUAGUGUCUAGUUAUCCAUUUCUACAUUAUGCCUGCAUGAAUCUCUAGAAAUUGAUGAGUAUGUUUCCAUGGGCUGUGUUAUGUCACAAACAUCUUUCAUAAUCAUUGGGAGGACAUUAUGCUUGCUGGUUGUACCAUGUACAUGAUUGAAGUGUGUGGCAAACUUUGGAUAUUAUGAAUUUUUAUUUUCUUCACUUACUGUAAUGCUCUGAAGUGCCAUAUAGGAUUUAAUUUGUCCCAGAUGUUCAGCCAAACUGUUGCUGUCACAUUUGUCAGCUGUAUGUGCUAAAGGUUUACUUUAACAGAAGGGAUCACAUUACUACAUUGUGAAUUGUUGCUUUUUAAAAGUUGUGCUCAGCUGUGUGGCCAUCGUGGUGCAAUGGUUGAAACAAGGAGUUUGCAGCCUUCAUUUCCAUUACAGCAGGCCUCAUCAUCCCUUUACUAUCUUUAGCAUUUCAUUUGUUCCACAUGAAGGUGCUCAGCUCGAUUCUGGUGUGGAAACAUCCUGGUUUAAUAGCUUUGCAAGAAGCAGAAGCAAUAACUAGUACCUUACCAUAAUUCUUUUACUCGGGAAUGUAAUUGGAAACAGAAUCUCUCAAGGCUGCGUUUAUUUCAAAAUGUAUUUUGUUUUGCAGAGACACCUGUGUGCUUCCAUGUUGUAAUUAGUUUUAUUAUGUAUGUGCAAGUGGCAUAUGCCUAAAUGGUUGGUGCUCAUGAUCAUUUGUGAAUAGCAUAUUUAUUUUAAUGUUAAGUGAGCUAUAUUUAUUUUUUCAGACUUUUUUCAGCAUAAUGCACAUAUAGUAAAUGCUGUCAGAAUGGCUUCAAUGUACUGGCUGUUGCAUUGAUUAUGAAUUCCAGCUCACUUUUUAGCGUACUCCAGUUAGCAGGAACGCAGGAGCUGCCAAAAAUGAAUUUUUUUUUUUUUUACUUCCUUAAAAAUGCAUGACUAAAAGGUAUAGAAGCACCACACACCUUUCUCUGUGAGCACACAGUCCCCUUCAAUUCCAGGCUCUAUGCCCAACGAACAAGGACCCGGAUCUUUCAAGAGUUCUGAAGAUUUUCUGGGGCAGUCAUAUGUUUUACAUGUGCUGCUGUGGAAUGUGUGUUUUCUGUGAAGUUGAUGUCAGAGGAACAGGCCUUUUGGUGGUGGAGGUUAAAUUUAAGUUCAGCCCGUCAUAGCAAGCAACUCACUUCCUACACUUGACUGUAGCAGAGUAUCCAAAGUUUGCCGCACUGAACAUAGUGGUUACAUCAGCAAAGCCGUACUGUGUUGCCCCACGGCAUUUCCUUGCUAGCUAUUUCUGAGAAAGCGAGAACGAACCUUCCUUCUUUCAAGGAAAGUUCCCAUAAUUUGCAUUAGUCAGAAGAUGGCUGCAGGUUUGCUGUUGGUGCUUUGUCGUGGAGAGUCGAUUACUUGCAGAUUUCCUGCAAGUUGUAAAGAUUAAUGUGAAAAUUUUAUGCUCAUAUGUGUGGUACCUUGGACACUUCACUCGAGGUGACAUUGUGGUGCCGCUUUCGCACUUGUUUGUAAUCUUGUGAAGUACAAUUUUUGUUACUAAUAUAUACUGAAGCAGCAUAUCUGCAACAUGCACACUGUGUGCCAAGUUUAUGGAGUGCUCAUCCUGCCUUGCUGAAAGUUUUUUUGUCACCUGAGCUUCAUCAUUGUAGUACUUUUCUUUCUACUGCACACAUGUUAGUCAUUUGUGCAUGCUGCAUUUGUCGUGAGCAUAUUUGAUUGCUAUGUGCAGAUCAUCACAUCACUAACAAUUACCAAAUCAGUUUUGACUACACAUCAACACUGAGCAUAAAGACUGCACCUACAUUUUUUUCUCUCAUUGCUUUUUUAUCGAGUGUGUUGUACAGGUUGUGCUGGCCACUUUCAUAUGACUGAUGUAAAUACAGAUGAUGGUGUAGCACGCUUUCAUACUGGGUGUUUUUGCACUUUUCAUAUGCGGGAAAUGAAGUGUUGCAGAGUUUUGAAUACAGGUACCUCAUGUCAUCCAUUGUUUUGUGUGGUAUGGCUAUCAUCCACAAUGACAACUUAGGAGCAUGUUAAAAUGCUACUCCAGCAUAAAUGUACAGAUUUUGAAAUUGCAGCUGUCACAGUAUUCGAAAUCAUUUAGGUCAUACAAGAUUGAAAUGUGCUUGUUGAUGUUAGCAUCUCAUUUUUGCAGCCCCUUCUCCCAUUAAACUUCAAAAAAUUUGAAUCAUACAUUUGCACUGUUUGUGAGGGUUACUCUUUAUUGAAGAUUGUUGACCAGCACACUUUUGUAUAUUUUCUGAGCAGGGAAAAUGUGUUGUGAUGCCAAACACUAUGUCAUGAACUCAGAAAGCGUGUUAUUGAAGGUGUCAAAUAAAAUUGAGCCAUGUUGAACACCUUAUAA